GUGUGUGUGUGUGUGUGUGUGUCUCCAGGUGUGAACAGCAGUGUGAAGUUUUAUUGUGAAGCUAGGAACCUCAGAGGGAUCUCGGUGUCCAGAACAGGAACCGUCCACAUUAAAGUGUUGCCGUCGGCGCCGGUUGAGCUGCAGGUUCUGAAGAUGGAGGACAACAAUGUCACGUUGUCAUGGAAACCAGGAGUCACAGGACACUCAGAGCUGUCCAGCUGCAAAAUCCAGGUGAGGCAGUCAGCUGGGAGGCUCAGAGUGAAGCACCUCCUCCUCCAGCAGGAGGUGCAGGUUCCUCCUCACAGGCUGCAGCUGUCUGCUCUCUACAGUCACUGGAACUACAGCUUCAGAGUGUCCUGCGUCAACGAGGUGGGGGAGUCGCCCCCCUCCCCCUGGCUCUCCUUCCUCACACCUGAGUCAGUGCCCUCCGCAGCUCCCAGGAAUCUGACCUUUGACCUGUCAGAGAAGGAGCUGAUCCUGAGGUGGGCGGGGCUUCAGGAGGAGGAGCUUCAGGGCAAACUGCUGGCCUACAAGCUGCAAUGGAUUCUGGGAGGAGAAUCACAGGAACCUCUGCUGUUUAAGGAAACGUCAGCGCUGCUCUCUGGAGGAGGACGAUUCUUUAACGCUUCCUUCCAGGUGUCGGCCUGCACAGUGGUGGGAUGUGGACCGUGGAGCGCUGCGGUGCUGGUUCUGCCUGCCUCAGUGCAGGUCUCGGUCCAGCGGAGCCACAUGUGGGUGGGGCUUCUGCUCGGGCUGCUGGUUGCCACGGUGACGGGUCUGCUGCUGACAUCACUAGCCCGCCACCGCGAGAAAGAAACGCAGUUUGGCUCGGUGUUCGAGUCUCGAGGUCCAGAAAGUUCUGUUUCCUUCAGAGCGGCUCGGUCCUUCAACCGGACCUGCUCAGACCUGCAGGAGUCCACAUUGGAAAGUCUCUGCAUCAACGAUGACCUGAAGAACAAACUGCAGGACGUGUUGAUCCCAGAGAGGCAGCUCACCUUGGGACACAUGCUGGGGAAAGGUGAGUUUGGCUCAGUCCGUGAGGCCUACCUGAAGACUGAUGACUCAUCAGUUCAGAGAGUUGCAGUCAAAGUGCUGAAAUCUGACAUCACCUCAUCAGGUGACAUCGAGCAGUGUCUGAAGGAGGCGGCUUACAUGAAGGACUUCCACCAUCCCAACGUCAUCCAGCUCAUAGGAGUGAGUCUGCACCGGCGCCACAAUCAGCGGCUGCCGAUCCCGAUGGUCGUUCUGCCGUUCAUGAAACACGGAGACCUGCAUACGUUCCUGCUGCUGAGCCGGCUGGGAGAGCAGCCGUUUGACUUGCCUCUGCAGACUCUGGUCCAGUUCAUGUUGGACAUUUCUCGGGGGAUGGAGUACCUGAGCAGCAGGAACAUCAUCCACAGAGACCUCGCCGCCAGGAACUGCAUGCUGGAUGAGAACAUGUCGGUGUGUGUCGCAGACUUCGGUCUCUCUAAGAAGAUCUACAGCGGAGAUUAUUACAGACAAGGAUCCGUCUCCAAGCUGCCCGUCAAGUGGAUCGCUCUGGAGAGCCUCGCUGACAACGUGUACACAACACACAGCGAUGUGUGGGCGUUUGGUGUGACCAUGUGGGAGAUCAUGACUCGGGGUCAGACUCCGUAUCCCGGUGUGGAGAACUCAGAGAUCUACGAGUAUCUGAUCAAAGGAGAGCGGCUGAAGAAACCUGCUGACUGCAGAGAGGACAUCUAUGAGCUCAUGCACAGCUGUUGGAGUCCGGUUCCUAAAUGUCGGCCCAGCUUUCAGCACCUGUUGGUCCAGCUGGAGGCGCUGUGGCUCAGCCUGUCCCCCGCCCCCCCGCUGAAGGAGCCCUUACUCUACGUCAACCUGGAGGGGGAGGAGGGGGGGAGAGGGGGGGUCCCGGGGCCGGAGGGGGCAGCGGGGGGGAGCUGGGCCAUCCCCUGGCAGAGCCGGGCCGAGGACCAGGAGACGGACUGGUUGAUGGUGGGAUCGGCCGCCGCGCUCGCCAUCGGGGGGGAUUACAGGUACAUCAUCGGCCCCCGAGGAGCCGCGGAGGGGGGAGUGGAGGAGGAGGAGGAGGGGGGGGGAGCAGGAAGGAGGAGGGGGGAGGAGGAGGAGGAGGGACGGGGAGCAGGGAGGAGGGACACAUUACAGGAGGAGGUGCGAGACGAAGAGGACGACGCCGUGAUCCAUGUUUGAGGCGUGUUUGGACCAAUCACAGCACUGAUGGUCAGCUGACCUCAGAGGGACGCUCGCUGUGUGUGACAGUAGCAGGCGGGUGGAGACAAGCUCACUGUGAUCACUGACGGUUCAAAUGGACCCGACCCGCACAUUCCCUCACCCAACUGGUUCUGACUGGUUCUAACUGGUUCUGACUGGUCCUGACUGGUUCUAACUAGUUCUAACAGCUGAUUUUCAGACAGGAAGUCACAUUAACACUUUAACACAUUCAGGUUUUGUUCGGUGGAUUCUUGCUGUGCAGUGAAGCUGCGUCACCAGCUGGACGAAGCAGUCAACUGGCCCAGAGACCCGGAGACCCGGAGGCCCGGUGGCCCCUGACCCACGGAGUCGUGUGUAGCAGUUAGUCUCUUGUAAUUUCUGAUGGUGAAUGUGAGGUUGUACUAAACGGACCGGGUCUUCAGUGGAUCUGCAGCUAAUCAUCUAACUACUGAUUCAUCUGCUGAUUGAUUAUAAAACAGGAAACAUCGUCGCUCUUCAUCAGAACCAGUAAACCAGAAACUAUAAAAAAUCCUUAAUGUGAGUUAAUUAUUUCAUCUGGAACUGAACACUAAGCUGAAGCUGAGAAACUUCCUCACAAUGAAGAUCAUGAUGAAGAUGAAGAUGAUGGUGACGAAGCUUCUGGAUCAUUUUGACUUGGCAGGUUUUUCCCGGAUCUUUCAUCAGCUCCGGCUCCUCUGUGAUGAUGAUGAUGAUGAUGAUGAUGAUGAUGAUGAUGAUGAUGAUGAUGAUGCUUUGAUUCCUGUUUAUUGUCGUGACUGUUUGAAGGUUUGAUGAUUCUUAACGUAAACCGGUCUUCAGAUUAAAGAUUAAAGGGUCCAACGGUUCCUGUGUGUUUACACUUAUUAAAAAUGAGUGUCAAACCUUUCAAAAUAAAGCACUGGGUGAUACGUUCCUUUACUUUGAAGAGUUUGGACCUUUAUUUUGAAGAGUUUGUGACGUGCAUUCAACAGUUCUGGACAUUAACAGGAAGU